AUGCGUGACUAUGUAAUAAUUUGUUUGUUUCGAUCCCCCCUUUUUUUAUACUCCCGAAUACAAUUUCUCUUUCUUUGCCAACUCAUUCUUUAUUAUUCAACCCGUACUCUUGUUGCGCAGAAUAUGCACGACGAGGCGCUAGAGAAAAAGGGAACCCCCACAAGACGAAAAUCGAUAGACUGCUCUUACGUAAUCUCAGCCGAAUUUCAUUUCGAAAUUUCUUCUACGUUUUGUUUUCGGAUGACGCCAGGUUUUUUCAUAAAAAACUGUUUUUUUCGAAAUCUGUUAAAUACCUGA